AUGCGUUCUUACAUCGCCGCUGUUGCCUUGGCAGCUCUUGCUCAGGCCCAGGACCUUGACAUGGAUGCCAUCGCCCAGUUGACUCCGGUCCCUGAUGUUACCAUCCCUGUUGUCUACGCUACUGCCCCUACCACCACUGCCACUGCCACAACUCUCUCUUACACCAGCGAAGAUUCAGCUGCUGCUGUGAGCUCGGCUCUGGCUGCCGACCCUUCGGACUCGUUCCCUCUCGACUCUGCUCUUGCCAAGCGUGCCACUUCUACCUCCUGCCAGGUCCAACCUACCGGCGUUUCUCUUGGACCCCAGUCUACUGACGACUCUCCCUCUGCUUUCUUGGCAUACCCUUCUUUCUCGGCCACCGCCGUCGCAGCAGCAUCUUCUUCUGCUGUUCCUAGCGGCUACGUCAGCACCUUCAGCAAUCUGCAGGCUAGCAACAACGCUUAUGGCUACAUGGGCUACACUUUGCUCACCGAUUACGACACUCAGAAGUGCGCAGACAAGUGCACCAAGAUCAACGGAUGCCAGGCAUUCAACAUAUACUACGAACGUGACCCUAGUGUCAACCCUGACUCCGACAGCUGCAACAACCCUCCAAGCACAACCAACAUCAAGUGUGUCUUCUGGUCAGGACCUGUCACCCCUGACAAUGCCAACAACGCUGGUCAAUGGCGCAACAAGUUCCAGGUUGUGAUUGCUGGAUCCAACGGAUAUGUCAACCAGUCCAUCGCCACCCCUGUCGGCUACAAAGCUGGUGUCUACCUUGGCAAUGCUGCUAUCAACGCUCCUCUUGACUGCACUGGUGAUGAUUCCUUCCUUGGCUCGAGAUUCCUCGGCAAUGGCGUCUUUGAUGCCAACCUCUGCGCAGUUGCUUGCAACGAGCAGGCCAGCUAUGCUAUCCAGCACCCUCCCGCCGACGGCUCGUUCAACAAGGUCUGCACCUUCUUCAACACCUACAUUCUGUACAAGAACGGCCAGCCUCUCCAGCAAUCCUGCGCUCUGUACGACCAGACCUGGUCCCAGUCAUACGCCAAGAACACCGGUUACUACUACGGCUCUGACCACUACACCAUUGGUUUCUCGUACACCUUCUCCAACGCAACCAACGGUGGCCAGCCCAGAUACCCUUGCAAUGUCGCUUCUGCCAAGUCUGCCAUUGUUUCUGCUUCUCUCCAGCCUUACUGCUCUUCGCUCCUGGGCUUCAACGCUGCUAGCGCUACUCAGACCGUCACUGUCACCCCUACCGUCAAGGCAACUACCUUCACCACCGUUGGUGCUGCUGUCAAGCGUGACGCUACCUCCACCCCUUCUGCUCUCCAGAAGUACCCUGCUUCGGUCAUCACUUCUGCUUGCGGUCUGGCUGCUACUUCGGUCUCGGUCAUCACCACCACUGCUACCGCUGCUGCCACUACUGUUUACAUCGCCACCUCGACUGUUUCUCAGUAA